AUGUAUAAUUCACACGCACAAAGGUUUCUGAAUCCAUAUCAAUCAGAUGAUGAAAUUUGGGAAUCUACAUCAAAUUUUAGCUCAAAAUCUCAUUCUACCAAUCAAGCAAAUUCUAGGUUUAGCUCAAACAAAGAGUCGGUGUCAAAAUUAAUCAAAAAAUUCAAUUUAAUUUACGGUGUUGAAAUUGAAGGAUACAAUCCACCAAGUCCAGUUUUUGAUACAUUAACUUUAAAUAAUUUAUUACAUGCAAAACUCUCGAAUCUUAUGCAACAAAAUGGAAUCGGGUUUCAUCAAAGUAUGGGGUACACAAUACCUUGCUAUAGAAGUAAUAGGUCAAUUUUAAAUGUUGGUAUUAGCAAUCCAAUGGAAGUUCAGAAUUGUAUUGGGGUAAGUGUGAUGGAUUAUAUGACCCAAUCAGUUUCAACUACAGCCUCAAGAUGGGAUGGACCAAAUGUAGUAGUGGUUACCGAAGCUGUUUGUGAUAUAAUGGACUUGUUAGUAAAACUCGAUACAUUGAAUGAAUUUAGCAAAUCAAUUAAUUGUUCAGAUCAGGAUUUACCACAAAUUUUAUUACUCACCCCAGAUGAAUUUGAUCGUGCUGCUAAAGAAACAAAUUCCAAUAUACAUACAACCAAUUUAUUAAUCAUAGAUGGUGUUCACAAAAUGAUCAAAGAUAAUGAUAUCAACUUCAAGUCAUCCUUAUCUCAAUUUUACAACUCGACAAAUUACAUUUACUUCACCAAUACUUCAUCAAAAAAAACGACAUCUUAUUUACAAAACUUUGGAAAUUUAAUUACUGUUUAUUAUUCUCCUGAAUUACCUCAUGCAUCAAUCGACAAAAGAAUAAACUUUGUUAAUGUGGACGACCGCUCAAAUGUUUUUUACUUAUCUGAAGAAGAAUUAGACCAAUUAACAUCUAACAAAUUAAACAAAAUCAAAGAAGAGUCCAAAAAAUUAGCAAUAGAUGCAAAAUUAUAUGAAAUAGCAAGAAUUAAAAAAUCAUUUUUACAAAGGGGACAAAGUUUUGGAUCAAAUGUUGUUAUUCUUGUUCAAAAUAAAGAUGACGCUAUGCUGAUCACCGAAUUCUUAAGGUGGAAGUCCAUUGACGCAUUUUAUCGAGGAUUUAAAUUGUCAUCUAAAGAACAACCAAAAUUCUCGUAUGUAGUUGAGUCAAUGAAUGCAGUUGUUGUUACUCAUAAUUUAGAUUUCGUUAAAGGAAAACAAAUUUUGAUUGACUUUAAAGCAUCUAAAUUUAAAUCUUACAUUGAACGGUUGAAUCAAUUUAAACAAAAUGGAGGACAGAUUGCUAUAACUUUGUUUACAAUUAAUGAAUUAAAAUAUUUUGAUAAAUAUUAUAAUGAUUUUUUGAUCGAAAAUGAUGUUGAAAUACCAAAUCAAUUAUUUGAACAUCUUGAUGCACGAGAUUCGAGAUCUGAAAGCGAAGCUGAUUCAUACAGUCCUUUAUAG